AUGAACGGGAACGAGAUGCCAGUAAAGAACGACACCAUGGGCGCCCCUCAAGGAGUAUGGACCACGCCCACGUCACAGGGCAUGCGGCCGCGUCCCGCCACCAUCCACGAAGGUUUCUCUUUCGUGACGGGCGACGGCUUCGAAGGCCUCCCCUCGUGGGACUCUUCCAGCCUGACAAUGCAGCAGACGCCCAGCGACAGCAUGCCCUCACGGCCCAUCUCCGUCCAUGAGCAAUUCUACCCCACCACCACCAUGGACGGCGGGAGUUGGGUUCACAAGCCAUGCGGGGAGGACCAGCUGGAUCUGCACAUUGACACGGAUAUCUCAGGCAUAGGUCAGGCUUACACCACCGAUGAAGCGAUCCCGAUCCUAGACCUCAGAUACUCGGGUCCGCCGAUGGAGGGUGAUGCGUUGAACUUUGACGCAGGUCUUAAUCCACGGAGGAUGUCGGGAUCAUCUUUCACCAUGUCGACUUCUGGUGGCUUGUCAGACAUGCCUUCCUAUGAAGAUUUCUCUGCUGCGCUGUCAGACGCUCCGUCGUUCAGCUCCGAUUAUCCUCCUCCGUCCAACAGGAAUUCGUUGAUGUCAUCAACACAGCUCUCGCCGGUUGCCUCGCCAAGAAUGACUCCCCAUACCCGCUCCGAACUGGUCCGGACGCAAAGUCGCGGAAGAGCCUCGCCAUCUCCUCGCCCGGGCAUGCGAUCUGCGCCUUACAGCGUGGAAACCUCUCGGAACAAGAGGUGGUCUACUGGAUCCUACGGGACUGGCCCUAACAAACGACCUGCUCCUUUCGUUUACCACCACCCUCAUGAUCCUUUCGCCGCCCGUAUGUCGUCACGGCACUCGUCUCCGACCAUUGCUCAGAACCAGCUUCCCCUCAACUUUGGCAACCUGCAGGCUGUCCAACAGCCUCCAUUCUACAUGGCGCCGAAUCCUGCGUUUCCGCGACACAGUAUGCUUCUGCCUUCUCAACUGCCUUCGCAGGCAUUCCACCCGGAGAUGCAUCAUUUUGAGAACCCGCCACCACUGCUUUCCCAUGGCCUCUUCCGCAUGCUCCAAAGUAACGGUGAUCCUCACUCUUUACAUGGCCACUACACCGAUCUAUCAGACCCUCCGGACCUGUACGCCUCCCUCAAUGAGGAACAGGUCCCGCCUCCGCCAGAAGACAUGAAUCCGUCCGAUCCAGACAUGGUGCCUCACGAGCAGGAGCUCAGGUUCGACGGCGACCUGUACACGCCUAGAUGGGUCCGAGGCCACGGGAACAAGCGUGAGGGAUGGUGUGGGAUUUGCAAGCCCGGCCGUUGGCUAGUGCUUAAGAACUCGGCUUUCUGGUAUGACAAGAGUUUCACGCACGGUAUCAGUGCCGCCACGGGCAACCCGUUCCAAGAACCGCAGGAGACGAGGAGAAUGGAUGGCAAUCCAGACGUGUGGGAGGGCCUGUGCGGAUCCUGCAAUGACUGGAUAGCCCUGGUUUCGAGCAAGAAGAAGGGGACAACCUGGUUCCGCCACGCAUACAAGUGCCACACACAUCCAAAGAUCAAGGAUGCUCCUAAACGGCGAAGAGAGAGCAGUCACACGCGCCUGGCCGCCGCCAACAUGGCCAAGCCCAAGGUUGAGCCUCAGACGCCGCUUACACCGCAAAUGACGCCGGCCAGCAUGUCUAUAGCCACGACGCCAACCCCAGCGCACCCGCAGCCAGUGGCGCACAUGUCAACGCAGCAACUCCAGCCGCCGCAGAUGCAGCACCUGCCGCCACCGCCGCCGCCCACGUCUCACCCCCAGAUGGUGCGCAUUGAGGUCACACAACCGCAGCCACCUCAGCAGCCACAGCCGAGGGUGGUCAUGACUUCAAUGGACGGGCUAAGCAACAUGAUCUGA